AUGUCCUCAGAGCAGGGGCAGAGCCAGGACCAGGACCUAGACGAUGAGGAGCAGAAGGAGCAAGAGGAGGAGCAAAGGAGGCAGCGGAGGGACAGAAGGAGGAAGAAGAGGGCAGUGGAGGUGGAGGAGCUGACCAGUGCUGGACACCAGGCUCUGAGACAAGCACAACCUCAGGAGGCUCUGGAACUGUUCAGGCGAGCUCUGAAGGCCGCCAGCCAGUUGGGAGAGUCGUGUGUGAUCUCGGCCUGCUGUUUGAACCUGGGAGCAGCUCUGGUGGAGAGCGGAGACCCUGAGUCUGGACUGGACUAUCUAAACAGAACCUUACCUGCUCCAAAGUCCCAGAGACUCCCAGACCUGCAGUUCAACCUGGGCCUGGCCCACAGAGCCCUGGGCCAGAGGAACCAGGCCAAAGAACACUUCCUCCAGGCUGCUCAGCUCUAUAGCUCUCAAGGAAACAGCCUGGAGGAGGCCCACUGCUGCUGGGAGAUGGGCCACUGCCACUCCAUGGACCAGGAGCACUCGUUAGCCGUUAGCGGAUACCUGCGCGCUGCUGAGAGUUACCGUGUGGCUGAAGUCUCUCACUCUGCAGCUGUGGCCCUGAAGGAGGCGGCGGCUCACAUGGUCCAGGCCCAGACCAGCACCAGCGAGGUCACCCAGGUGCUGUCCGACUGCCUCAGCCUGGCCCACGGCAUCACAGACCAGAGCACUCUGGGUAAUGUAGUGUCACCUCAAAGUCGCUGCUUCCAGGAGGCAGUGCAGUGUUUCCACAGAGCUCUGAGCUCUGCGUCUCAGCUGCAGGAGCGCCCCCUACUGGCCAAAGUGCUGAUGAACCUGGGAGCCGCUCUCAACGCUGUGGAAGACUUUCAGAAUGCUCUGCAGUACCACCGUAUGGCUGCUAAGAUUUAUGGGUCCCUGGGGCUCCGUGGAGAACAGGCUCAGUGUUUCAGUAACCUUGCGUUGGCGUGUCGUCACCUCGGCAACGAUGAGGAGGCCAUCGAGAGCUUCAACCACGCUCUGCAGGGCUUCACUGACUCAGAAGAGCACAGUGCUCAGGUGCAGGUCUGCGAGGCUCUGGCGGAAGUUUAUCUGAAGCAAAGGAAGCAGCACAAGGCCAUUCAGCUCUACAGACAGGCUCUGCUCUCUCUCAGCUACUGCCAGGUACCACACAGAGCCUUUCAGCGGUUCAGACAGGCCCUGAUCCCUCUCAGCUACUGCCAGGACUCAGAGGGAGUGGGCCAGCGGCUGGUGGAGCGGCUCACUGCUGCUCUGAGGACCACAGUGACAGAGAGGCCACGCCCACUUCGACACCUGAGGCCACACCCCCUGAGCCCAGUUUCCAGACUGGACACACCGAGUCCCACUAAACCACCGACUCUGAGGCAGCUCAGAGAGGGACCAAGAGGAGAGGGACCAAGAGGAGAGGGGCUGCGAGGAGAGGGGCUGCAAGGAGAGGGACCACAAGGAGAGGGACCCAGAGGAGAGGAGCAGAGUGAACCAUGGUCAGACCGGGAGCUGCACACUGAGAGUGAAGUAUCAUUGGAGCAGCCGACAGAAGCCCCGCCCCCACAGACUCCCGACAGUGUGCAGACUCCUCCCCUUUUGGCGAGGUUGCGCUCCCGCUUCUGCUCGCUCAUGUGA